CACGCUGCUGUCUUGUGAAUGGGUCAAGAAGACAGUGGAAAAUAGACAACCGGCCUCUAGUUUUUAAACGAGUGUGUACCCAUAUGUCCUCCUGUACAUUCGGUACCGUCAGAUAACGGACCCGUCAAGCGCCAACAGACCAAGAAAUCUCAAAUUUGUGCUCAACGUGUUGCUGGUAGAGUCAUGACCCUGAGACAAGCAAAUGGCUGCAAACAGCUGACCUUGACCAUAAGCCUGACACUGACUCUAGGACUGCUCCAAUGGCCAGUAAGAGAUGUUAGUGGUCAGGAUGGACUGUCUCCUACUCAAGUCCUUCAGGAGCUGCUGACACGCUAUGGUGACAACACCAGCAUCUCUGUCCCUCAGCUCCGAGCGCUCCUCAUACGGUUAAAUGGAGGACUGAGUGGAGACCAUGACGCACAAACACAGCCCACCAAAACCAAUGGAUCUAAGUGCUUGGCUGUAGACACUCUGGCAGCGUAUGGGAUGAGCGAACAGUCUCGUAUAGACGAACGAGGCCUGCAGGAGAUCUGCCCUACCAUGAUACAGCAGCUGGACUCACAAGCAUGCAAGACCCAACAGGACCAAGAGUCCGAGACCAGCCCCAGACCCACUUACGCUGAGGUGUGGGGGUAUGGUUUCCUGUGUGUGACAGUGAUAUCUCUGUGUUCACUGGUCGGGGCGAGUGUGGUUCCCUUCAUGAGGAAAACCUUUUACAAGCGGUUGCUGCUGUACUUCAUAGCCCUGGCCAUUGGUACUCUGUACUCCAACGCCCUCUUUCAACUAAUCCCAGAGGCCUUUGGAUUCGACCCUAUGGAGGAUUAUUACGUGUCCAAGUCUGCUGUUGUGUUUGGAGGAUUCUACCUGUUCUUCUUUACAGAAAAAGUCCUGAAGAUGAUCUUAAAGCCAAAGGAAAAGGGAGGGCAUGGCCACGGCCACAGUCACUUCCCUGCAGAGCGCUAUGCCAGCUCUAAUGGUGACUUGGAGGAUGGUGUGAUGGAGAAACUGCAGAACGGAGAGGCUGGAGGAGCAUCUUUACCCAGAGUGGAAGGAGAUGUCAGAGGGGUUGGAGAAGACGACAAAAUGCUGAGUACUGGGCAGACCGUACAGGACUCUCAGAGUUCAGGUGGUGCUGGAACGGGUGGAUGUUAUUGGCUGAAGGGCAGGGCAUACUCUGACAUCGCUACUCUGGCGUGGAUGAUCACUUUGAGCGACGGUCUCCAUAAUUUCAUAGAUGGUUUGGCUAUCGGAGCCUCCUUCACUGCUUCUGUGUUCCAGGGCAUCAGUACGUCGGUGGCAAUUCUAUGUGAGGAGUUUCCACAUGAGUUGGGUGAUUUUGUAAUCUUGUUAAAUGCUGGCAUGAGCAUCCAGCAGGCGCUGUUCUUUAACUUCCUGUCAGCGUGCUGCUGUUAUCUGGGCAUGGGCUUCGGCAUUCUGGCUGGAAACAACUUCUCGCCUAACUGGAUCUUUGCUCUUGCCGGGGGCAUGUUCCUCUACAUUGCACUGGCUGAUAUGUUUCCAGAGAUGAACGAGGUGAGUCGUGAGGAAGAGGAGGCCGGAGGAAGUGGCUGUCUGCUCACUUUUGCCAUCCAGAACGCAGGACUGCUCACAGGGUUUGCCAUCAUGCUUAUACUCACCAUCUACUCAGGACAGAUACAGAUUGCAUAGCGGAGGACCUAAAUACAAACUAGGACCGUGAGGGAUUAACUCAGCACCUGGACUAAAACCUGAGACCUACUGGGACCUCCAGACUUAAACAUGAGCCAGCUGUGCUGGCUUGUUUUAAAACGUUUGCCCAGCUGGACUAGGUCAUGGCAUACAUCGAAAUGAUAUGGGCUCAAACCCUAGACUGUUUGAAUGAAGCUAGAAUUGACUGACCUGUGAAUUUUGCUUUAAAUUCGUCCAAAUCCCAGACCUGUGGAGGGAUGGAUGCUUUACCAUUCAUCUAGUUUAGGCCUUCUCUCGUUCUUUUGCCACAAAGCUUUAGGACACAAUGAUGUCCCUGUACUGUGUGGUUUCCAGAACCCUUACAUACACAUUUUGGUAUAUUUGUAAUUGAUUUCUAAUGUUAUUUUUGUUCUUUCUCUCAGAGACAGACCAGCUUUUGUGUUCCUGAACAUGAGGAUUAGAGUAUUGUCCACUGACUGACAUGUUACAGAUAACUUGACUCAUUUUACUGACAUUUUGUCAAAUGCAGGUUGUUUCCGAUGCUUCAAACCAAAUGGUUUUGUUUAUUAAAUAGAAAAACUCUAAACAAAAAAAGACCAGUUUUUCCAAUCUAAGUGACAAAAUAUAGAUAUACUGUAGGCUUGUUAGUUGACGCUCAUUCUAUUAAGCUGAACGAAGUAGGUCACUUUAAUCAAUGGUAACUCUGAGCUGUUGAAUAAGUAGCUUUUAGUGUAGAUACAAAAUGUAUCCAUACUUAAUUUCUCCCCUCAAUGUCAUUCCAUAAUAGCAAGCAAAAUUCUUGAAAAGGAUUCUUUUUUUAUAGAAUUGUUUUUUUUUAUACCUCUUUAACAAAAUGGCUGUGACCAAGUUUCUUCUAGAAAAAUCUCCUUUAACUUUAUGUCCAUUUAUGACCAGAAAAAUUGCUGCACAUUUUAAUGUAUGUUAUUUGCAUAACCUUAUUAAUAUUAAUUGACAGAGAGAAAAUAGAUCACCCCACUUCGGUUUAUAUUUGCUUAACCAUUUAUGAUGAUGAUGAUGAUGAUUAAUUAAAUAAUAACUACUCCCAAAUCUCAACUUAUAAUAUAUUUUUUUAAUAAUAUUUUUCCGCAUCCUUUCAUUUAAUCUGAAUGCAGUACUCUUCAUAUUUUAAGAAAUAAUUGGGAAAUGCAAGCAAAAUGUGUGCAUGAAGGUACAAUAAUAUGAUCAUUCCUUAUAACUUUUCCUGGUAAUACUUUAGAAUAAGGUCCCAUUGUUUAACUUUAGUUAACUACAUUAGUAAACUUAACUAACAAUGAAAAAUACUUCUAAAACAUAUAAUAACUUAAUGUUCAUGCAUAUUAUAAGUUCAUAUUAAAUUAUUAAAUCGAAAGGAUCUGCUAAUAUCAUUUAAUGAACCUGAGCUAACAGGAACUAACUAUAAACGGUUGCAUUUGUAUCAACUAACGUUAACAAAGAUUUAUAAAUACUGU